UGUCAUCUCAUGGGUUCCCUGGGAGAGGGGAACCACACUGCAGGGACAGAGUUCAUUUUAUUGGGCUUAACAAAUGACCCAACCCUGCAAACCCUCCUCUUCGUGAUCAUCCUGUGUAUCUACCUGGUGACCAUAUGUGGCAAUCUCAGCACAAUCAUUCUUAUCAGACUCUCUCCUCAGCUCCAUCAUCCCAUGUAUUUUUUCCUGAGCCACUUGGCCUUUGCUGACAUGGGCUAUUCAUCUUCUGUCACACCCAGUAUGCUUGUAAACUUCCUGGUGGAGAGAAAUACCAUCUCCUAUCCCGGAUGUGCCACCCAGCUUGGUUCAGCUGUUUUCUUUGGAACAGUUGAGUGUUUCCUUCUGGCUGCCAUGGCAUAUGACCGCUUUGUGGCCAUCUGCAACCCACUGCUCUAUUCCACGAAGAUGUCCACACAAGUCUGUGUUCAGCUACUCAUAGUGUCUUACAUCGGUGGUAUUUUCAAUGCUUCCUCUGUUAGUACUUCCUUCCUUUUUUUACUCUUCUGUGGACCAAAUCGGGUCAAUCAUUUCUUCUGUGAUUUUGCCCCCUUGCUGGAACUCUCCUGCUCUGAUGUUACUGUUCCUGCCACUGUCCCCUCAUUUACAGCUGGCUCCAUCAUUGUGGUCACAGUGGUUGUCAUAGCCACUUCCUACAUCUACAUCCUCAUCACCGUCCUGAAGAUGCCCUCCACUGAAGGAAGACACAAGGCCUUCUCCACCUGCACCUCCCACCUCACCGCGGUCACUCUGUUCUAUGGGACCAUCACCUUCAUUUACGUGAUGCCCAAGUCCAGCUACUCCACUGACCAGAACAAGGUGGUGUCUGUGUUCUACAUGGUGGUGAUCCCCAUGAUGAACCCCCUCAUCUACAGCCUCCGGAACAAGGAGAUUAAGGGGGCUCUGAAGAGACAGCUUGGUAGAAUAACGUGCAUUUAG